UGCAAGUCUCAGUCAAUGACCGUGACGCGGCGUCAUUAAAUUUCCAUCGAUAGCAUUUCGCAUUGACUGACACUAUUGACAGAAACGGUUUCAUUUUAGAAAUAAGCCAUUGCCAAUUUUAUUUCGUGUUAAUUUAAUAACACAGGGUCCGCUGUGUCAGAACACUUAAUUUUAAAUAAUAUGAGACGCAACAGAGAUUUUGAUAAUAAUCACCAUCAGCCUUCUCCCGGUGGACCUCUAAUGACUAAUCAUCUCCGUGACUUGGACAUAGAACUGGAGCUAUUAAAACGUAAAAGAGAGAUAAUUCAACAAGAACAAGAAAUGCUAAGCAGAUUCUCAUCAAAGAGGCAGUAUGAUUACGAGCAUCGCUCUAACACAUACGAUCGACAAGAAUCCAAUAAUCGUCAGUUCAAUACCAAUAACUUUAACACUAGAUAUGACGGUCCUAGCAAUUCUGGUAAUUUUACCAGACCCCAAGGAGUUAAACGCCAAGCACCUAAUCAAUAUUGGCAACCCCCAUCAGCUCCCAAACGUUUCACAGCUCCUCAAAAAAUUAACCCUUGGCAGACUUCGAACCCCCGUCAAGAAUUGGGAUUUCCUAUCCGAAAACCCUUUCCGUCUCAAACUGGUAAUAUUGGAGGAUCAAUCAGACCCCUUAUGAGCAUUCGGCCAAGCAUUAGCCAAAGAAUUCAAAAAAAAAAUCAGGUUACACGCAAAGAUUUCAAACCUACUAAGGUAACUAAACCUAAACCUCAUCAAGCGCCCAAUAAACUUUCCACUCAUGCUGUUGCGGAAACUAAAAAAUUAGUUUCCCAAGUAGUAGAUACCAUUGAUAAGAAAGCUGAGUCUGAUCAAAUCUUGCGUGUUGAUAAAACACCUACGGUUCAGAUGAAGGGUCGUCUCGAGUUAGCUUUAGGUACAAUCAUGAAAGAGAUUAAGAACGAACAUUGCGCUGACCCAAAGGACAUUGAGCAUUUUCAAUCCCCAUUUAUACAGCGUCUGUUAAAACAUGCUAUUCGAACACGUAUAAGGAGUGUCAUGAUAGAUCAGGUUGUUGGCAACUUUAGUGACAUUGUUACUAAAUACCGCAAGAAAUUCCCGAAGGAAACUGAUCUUGAGUUAGUACAAAUAGCAAAAGACGCCCAAAGUUUAAGCUCAAAGUCAGUCGGUGUUGCACAGCUUAUAGAAUCAGAUGAUCCCCAAGAAUUUUACAAUAAAAAUAUGUUGAAAGCACUCUACGUCAAAUUUGAUGAAAUAUUUGAGAAUCUGGAAAAGUUAUACCAAAAUAAAGGUAAAGAUUUAGAUGAAUAUAUUAAAAACAUGCCUGAACCAAAAAAGGUAGACAAAACUCAGAAUCAAAGUAAUGAAAAUAUCAAUCCUGGCAAAGAAAAAAUUAAUUUGGAAAACCUUAUUGGAGAUGGAGACACAAUCAAAGUAAUAAAUGAGAGAUUAGAGAAAGUCAAGAUUUAUAGAGAGUUCAUGGAUGAACUUAUUGAACAAAGACUGCCUAAAAUCUUACCGAAAUUCAAAGAUGCACUCCUAUCCAUUAUACUCACUGACAAAGAGUUUUUGGUCACAAAAUCAAUGAUAAUAUCCCAAUUAAAGAAAAAGGUGAACAGAAGCUUUGAUAAAGAUAUUGAUGUUGAAUUUACCAGCCCAAUCCCCAAUAUGAUGACUGCAUCUUCUUCUCCUGAAACUACAGUUAAAAAAUCGAUGAAUACUUCUGAAACCUCUACAGACUCUUCUGUAGCAAAAUUAUCGGAUACUAAAGCUACACCAACAGAUAACUCCUCUGAUGCAGGAAAACCUUUAGUUUCACCUGCACAGUCAUCACCUAUUAAAUCAUCUACAAAUACAACACCAAAAACCAUUGCAAAUAAUACUGCUGCAUCUCCUAAUAUGUCUACGGUACAAGCCACCCCUAAGAUACCACCAAAGACAGAUGAUUUGCAUUAUGUCAAGCUGAUCAGUCGCCCAAAUUUGCCGGCCAGAGCUGUAAUAUAUGAUUUCUUGAAGCAAUUUAAACCAGCAUCAAUCAAGAAACACAAAAGUAUCAAUAAUCUUUUAGUCAUCGGAUUCACUAAUAAGGAAGACUUUGAUAAAAUACUUGCAGUUAAUGAAUCUGUUGUUGGCAAUGCAACAAUCAUAAUAAAAGCCAGUGAACAGGUAACCAAAACAAAACAAUCUACACCAACACAAGAGGAAGGUGAUGAAAGUGUGGCAAAAUCCGCUAACAAUUCUUUCUUAGAUGAUAGUCUGCUUGGUUCAGAUCUCGAUAGUCAGAUAUCAGAUUUAUUGACAUCUAUCAGGAAAGCUAAUGAAUCAGAUGAAUGUCCUGACGCAAAUAAUAGUGAUGAUAAAAUUGAUACAACAGGGAAAACUACUGAAACUAGCAAAUGUGUCGAUGCAGCUAAAACUGAAGAAAAGCUUGAUAUAGCUGAGGCUGAUGAAAAAAGCAAAGCUGAUAAUAAUGAAGAUAAAAUAAAUAAGGAUGCAGUAGAAACUGAACAGGUUAUGGUAAAGGAAGAGGUACAAGAUACAACAAAUAUAACCAAUACCAAUAUCACAACACCAGUGGAAGAGAAGAAUCAAAAAGAACUACAAAUUAUUAUGGAACCCAGUGAAGAGCAAAAGAAUAAUACUGAAAUCAGCAGUUUGCCAGAGAAACCAGAUGGUGAUAAGUUAAAAGAUACUUUAAAGGAAUCUGGAAGAGCCACACCUACUAGAAGCUCUUCACGCUUAGCUAGCUCUACUCCAAGCACCAUAAGAACUAGGAGAGCUAGCCGACUUGCACAAAACAACUAAAAUACUCACCUUGUAUUUAUAGAUUUAACAUGUGAUUAAUGUUUGAUUUAAAUUAAUUUAUUUAAAUCAGAGAUAACCUUUUUAAUAUCUCUGAAAUUAGAUGAAAUGAUUGGAAUACCUUAGUGAUGUAUCCAUUUUUUGAAUGACGUGAUUGGUAAUUAAAUAAAAUUAAUUUGGUAAAAUUUCAACAUUGAAAACUUAUUUUAAGUUAAAUUAAGACAAAUAAAAAUUUCCCA